AUGCAUACUUUUCUCCUUAUUGCGUUUGGGUUUGUGAUGCCUUUUCUAGGUGUCUUUGGAAACGGCCUAAUCCUGAUCGUCUUCGCGCGGCAGAAGAGAAAGAACGUUGUCGACAUCACACUCCUCUUUAUGGCGGUGGUCGACUUCUCGGUGUCCUGCUUCCACAUCCUGAAGACGAUCAGCUUCAAGUACGGUACCAACGACUUCACCUGUCAGUUGACCAUCAUGACAGCUCGGGCCGGUAUCUUUGCGUCUGUGUUCUUCACCAUCGCCCUUGCCGCCUACCGGUAUAGGGCCAUUUGCCAUCCGUUUCGCCGACCAGUUAGUCCAAGAGUCGGGUCCCUGGUGUCCGUGACAUCAAUCAUUGUCUCGGUAAUCAUCAACAUCCCAGCUUUCUUCAUCGUGGACGCUCUGCCUCUCCGAACAGGUCUCCUGACCUGCGUCAUUGUUGAUAGGUCAUCCUGGAUGGAAGUCGCCUUCUCGGCACUGUCUUUGCUACUCUUCACGGCGGCAGUUCUCGUUUCCACCGUCCUGUACUCACUGUUGUACAGAGCCAUCCGGAAGCAGCAGGCAGUCAGGAGAAACUUGCUUGCCGGGAGAGGACGCUUCAAAGAAGCUCAGAACCAAAACAAGCCAACCAAGCCACCAACCGAUUGUUCAACUGCCAGUAACCAAGAUGGCCAGUCAGCACCAAGUAAACUGAGCACUACCAUGAUUAAGUAA